CGCCGAGGCUCGGACGCGCCGGGGACGUGCGGAGGGUAGGGUGGCCGUUUGCCGGAGCCGGCUGCCCGGCAGCGGCACGAUGAGCCUGGCCCUCAGGAAUGAGCUCUCAGUAGAUAAAACUAAAAAGAAGAAAAGACGAGAACUGACUGAGGAACAGAAGCAAGAAAUUAAAGAUGCCUUUGAAUUGUUUGAUUCAGACAAGGAUAGAGCGAUAAACUAUCAUGAAUUAAAGGUGGCAAUGAGAGCCUUGGGUUUUGAUGUGAAAAAAGCUGAUGUCCUGAAAAUUCUUAAAGAUUAUGAUCGGGAAUCAACAGGCAAGAUCACCUUUGAAGAUUUUAAUGAAGUUGUAACAGACUGGAUAUUGGACAGAGACCCACAAGAAGAAAUACUCAAGGCAUUCAAAUUGUUUGACGAUGAUGAUUCUGGCAAAAUAAGUCUGAGAAACCUCCGCCGGGUUGCUAGAGAAUUAGGUGAAAAUAUGUCUGAUGAAGAACUACGGGCUAUGAUUGAAGAAUUUGAUAAGGAUGGAGAUGGAGAAAUCAAUCAGGAAGAAUUUAUUGCUAUUAUGACUGGAGAUAUUUAGCAUUAGAAGAAAAGAAAUUAACUCACUACAAAAGGGAGGAGUUGUUGGCAGCUUCCAUUACAAUGUUUUGUACUUUCAUUUAUUUCAGUAGCUGGAGUGGUGCAGAAAGUUAUUUGUGACAGGACCAAAAUAAAAAUGGGUUACAUGCACUGAUAAUUCAGUACUUUGCAUCAUUAAGUAUAAUCAUUAGAAUAGUUGAUGUAAUAUUUUAGAACAAGUAAGUAAUGCUGCAUUUCAGAAUGAUUGAGUAACUUUGUAAAAUAGCUUUGUCUCAGAUUCCUAAAUGGUAUCAUAAGAACCUUUUGCAGUUCUUGACUUUGUGUUAGCAUUAGUUGUGGCCUUAGUUUUGAGACAUAAGGUUUGAAAAAAUUCCAUUUUAAUAAAAUGUUCUUUCCUACUA